AUGGAUUCCGAUUACGGAGUAGCCAGAGAACUUUCCGAUCUGCAGAAGCUUCGAUCUCUGUACAAACCUGAGCUCCCGCCGUGCCUUCAGGGCACUACUGUUCGUGUAGAAUUUGGUGACGCAACCACAGCUGCGGAUCCCACAGGUUCCCACACCAUAAGUAGGUCUUUUCCUCACACGUAUGGUCAACCUAUAGCUCACUUUCUGAGGGCAACUGCCAAGGUUCCUGAUGCUCAGAUAAUUACGGAGCAUCCUGCAGUUAGGGUAGGAGUGGUUUUCUGCGGUAGACAAUCUCCUGGAGGACACAAUGUUGUUUGGGGUCUUCUGGAAGCUCUUAAAAUCCACAAUCCUAAAAGUGUUUUGCAUGGAUUUCUAGGUGGUUCAGAAGGUUUAUUUGCACAGAAAACAUUAGAGGUUACUGACGAGGUUCUUGCAACAUACAAAAAUCAAGGUGGUUAUGAUUUGUUGGGACGGACACAAGAUCAAAUCAGAACGACUGAACAAGUCAAUGCAGCACUUAAUGCAUGCACAACAUUGAAGCUUGAUGCUCUUGUAAUUAUUGGAGGGGUGACAUCAAACACAGAUGCUGCCCAGCUUUCAGAGACUUUUGCAGAAAGAAAGUGCCCGACAAAAGUUGUUGGCAUUCCUGUUACUUUAAAUGGAGAUCUUAAAAAUCAAUUUGUUGAGGCAAAUGUGGGGUUUGAUACAAUUUGUAAGGUUAAUUCCCAGUUGAUUAGCAAUGUCUGCACUGAUGCACUCUCGGCAGAGAAGUAUUAUUAUUUUAUUCGUCUCAUGGGGCGGAAGGCUUCACAUGUCGCGUUGGAAUGCACUCUCCAAUCUCACCCCAAUAUGGUUAUUCUUGCUGAAGAAGUGGCCGCAUCAAAACUAACACUUUUUGACAUCACAAAACAAAUAUGUGAUGCAGUGCAAGCUAGGGGUGAACAAGACAAACACCAUGGUGUCAUCUUAUUGCCUGAGGGGCUCAUAGAAAGCAUUCCUGAAGUUUAUGCACUACUGAAGGAAAUUCAUGGCUUGCUCAGGCAAGGUGUUUCUGCUGAAAAAAUUUCUGCUCAUUUGUCACCGUGGGCAUCUGCGUUGUUUGAGUUUCUGCCUCCAUUUAUUAGAAAACAGCUCCUUCUUCACCCAGAAUCUGAUGACUCAGCACAGCUAUCUCAGGUACGUAAACCAAACAUGUCCAUUGUGAUCAUUUUGCAUCUCAUUGUGCCUGUGCAGAAAGAAGGGACAUACAAGGGAAAGAAAUUCAAUGCAAUUUGCCAUUUUUUCGGUUAUCAAGCUCGUGGAUCAUUGCCAUCAAAAUUUGAUUGUGAUUAUGCUUAUGUGCUUGGUCAUAGCUAUCACAUAAUUGCUGCUGGUUUGAAUGGUUAUAUGGCAACGGUAACCAACUUGAAGAAUCCUGUUAAUAAGUGGCGCUGUGGUGCUGCACCUAUAACAGCUAUGAUGACUGUUAGGCGCUAUGGUCAUGGUCCUGGGGCUUCAAACCUCGGAAAACCAGCUUUGCAUCCAGCAAUUGUUGAUUUGAAGGGCAAAGCCUAUGAGUUAUUGAGACAGAAUGCAACCAAGUUUCUGAUGGACGAUGUGUAUAGAAACCCGGGACCCCUUCAGUUUGAAGGUCCCGGUGCUGAUGCUAAGGCUGUGACCCUUUGCGUUGAAGAUCAGGAUUACAUGGGCCGCAUAAAAAAAUUGCAGGAACACCUUGACAAGGUACGUGCCAUAGUGAAACCUGGAUGCUCGCAAGACGUUCUGAAAGCUGCUUUGAGCGCUAUGGCCUCCGUAACCGACAUUCUCUCUGUGAUGUCAUCGUCUUCCACCGGAAACAGUCCCUGGUAA